AUGCAAUCACGGCUCGGACUGCGGGGUCGGCUCCUGGCCGGCCAUCUGCUGAUACCGCCCCUGGCUGGACUGCUCCUCCUGGACAAGAUGGGGAACAUCCAGCUCGAGGUGAUGGGCUCCCUCGAGGUUCCGCCUGCGUGGAGUCCCGAGCAGGACAGGGCAUGCCCGUUCAGGUUCUGGCUCACGGACGUGACGUUGUGGGCGGCGGCGGCGGCGCGAGAGUUCUUCCAGAACAGCAAGGAGCAGCUACGUGACGGAGCAUUCGAAGACACCGGCGACGGGAACGGAGCGAGGCAGCUGAGUGGUCUCCUGCUGCUUCUACUUGUGUUGUCGAAGUCCUUCGCGCCGCUGGAUGACGAGAGCGAGCUGCGUGCGACCCUUGGUAAGUUGGGAUCCUACCCGAAGAACCACGAGAAUAUAGACGCGACGCUAUCGAGGUUCGAGGUUACACGCAGGAGGGCAACGACAUUGGGAGGAUUCAACAUGGGCCCGCAGGGCUACGCGUGGAUGCUGCUGAAUGCUCCCAACUGCAGCCCUCAAGAAUGGAACGACUUGCUCAUUCACUUCCGCGGCCACCUACCCAGGACAGGGCAGCAAAUCAACGAAUUGGUCGAGUACAUCAAAAGGUACGGACAGAACCUGGAGAAGGGGCCGAUGGCAGUCAACAAGAACAGUGGCAAAGGCGGUUACAGAGGCGGCAACUUCUUCUUCCCCACCUUCAGCCAUGGUGGCGGAGAGGGACAGCAAGGUUCAUCCAACCCGUGGGCCAACUACCUGGGUUCAGACAACGCCGAAGAUAACGACACGGACACAGACGAAGACGACGGCGAGGACCUGGACGGAUCGGAUUGCCCCGGCGACAUGGGUAAGGACGAAGAUGUGAUCCAGCAGUACAUCUACCACAACUACGUAUUCCACAAGAAGCGCUGCACAUCAUCAGCACUAGCCUACGGCUCUGGAGCCAUCAACUUCUUCGCAGCAGAGAACAUUGCGACCAACGAGACGCUGGAAGCCGCUGGUAGCAAGGCGAGCGCGACAGGCUCGAAUGGAUUUGUUGGAGUUGUGAUCGCACUGGCUGUGGCAGAGCCGAAGAUGGCGAUUGAAGAUCGACGUGAGCUGGAGGAUGGACUGAGAAGGCUCGGCGCCUACGAGAGGGACCCCCCACAGGAGGCCUUUAGCAUCGCCAGCCUCACGUUCACAGCAGUGCCGCCUCAAGCGUCGGUCACACCGCCGAGCGCGACCGGCACGGCGAUCCGCUGGGAACAGAUCUCGAGUUCACCCGGCGACGAUACUCACGCGGCCGUCGUCGCAGAGCAGCAGGUGGACCUUUCGAUCUUCGACGACGAGUCUGAGAGCUCCUUCGAUGAUGAGAAGCGUGACUUGGAUGAGGAGGUCGAGCGCGAGAGCUACGGCCACCAGAACAAGAGCAUCGACUUCGCCGACAACGAGAAGGACUUCCACGGGGAGAUCAGCCAAGAGAGCGGAGACACCAGCAACCUGGACUCGUACACGGCGCCCAUCAUCCCUGACAGCGACGUCCCGGCACUGCUUGGAAACAGUUCCCUGAAGAAGCUGGAUGUUGCCGCGACGAAGACGACGAGGUACAUGAUAGACAAGCUGCAACCGAGGCCCGAACAGCUUGACUUCGCGAUGGCCGAGACCGAGAACGAGACGAAGCCUAAGGACCAAGGCAAUCAAGGUCCUGCUGCCACGGGAUACGGAAUCUACCUGGGCGCCGUGGAGCCGAACGAGGACAGCGCCCACAACAACAUCUGCGGUGUCUUGAGGUGUGCGUUCGAGCUCAAGCGGCCGAAGGCGGGGUCGCUAUGCUGA